UUUUCUACCAACGACGACGAUAAUAAAAUAUACAAAACGUUGGCAAUGAAAACUAAAUUUAUCCUGUCAAAUAUCUGGUACCCAUAUUUCGCGGCGGUUCGGAUGUGUUUGCUUAGGUGCGAGGUGAAGUAGUGAGACGUUCGCUGACACAACGAAACCCAGACCUGAAACACAUACAAUGCGUUGCCGGCAACCGAGUCGAUUUUAUCAACUGUGUCACGAACGUAAGGUAUCGUUUAUCAGUUGAUGAUAAACGGGGGGAUUCGCAUCUUCGCAGUUUGGGUUUGGGAGUUGUGAGGUUUGUGAUGGGUUUUGUGGUUCCAAUUUGAAUUGUGGUGGCUUUUUAAUUAGUACAUCAAGGAAGACCAACAUGAUGGUGUGGAAGAAGGGGAUCAUCCUGGUGCUGCAGCUUUACUUACUGAGGAGUUGCGGGGCCAUUUUAACAGACAUAACGAAUAAGAGGGAGUUCGGCUGUAGUUGGCAGGGGGGAUCGACCAUGGGUCAUCUGACUUGUAGUUGUAGAAGUGACAAGGAAUGGAUAAUCGACUCCAACAUCCCGCCUUACGAUACAGCCUCAAUAGACUUCAAGAACUGUAGACGCAUCACCUUCAAACCCAACUCCAUUUCAUUCUUGACGAAUUUACGCAAUCUGCGACUGGAGAACAUCACCGAGCUGGUGCUGGAGGACUACAGCCUGGCCUGGAAGGGCUACAAGAAAGACCUGUACACCGAACUGGACCCGAGCAUCUCUUCGUUGAAGAUCGAGGUGGUGGAUAGUGGCAUAACUACAAUAGGAAGCCACGCCUUCAGUGGCAUUGUGGGCGAAAUUGUGCUGGAUGGCGCCACCGUCAGCGACACAUCCUCCUUCGCCUUCUCCAGCCUGACGCAAACACUCCUGGUGCAAAUCAAGAACACCGUCUUCCAUAACGUGCAGCUACAGACGUUCAAGAAGUUCACCACCGAACGUUUCGAACUUAUUAAUGUGACGGCCAACGUGCUUCCCAGUCGCAUGAUGUCGGACGUGUACGUGACCGACACGUUUCUGAUCAAAGACUGCAAAUUCGACACCGUACGCUCCUCCGCCUUCGUAAUAAAAAGCCCCAGGAGCCUACAAAUACUUAACUCAGACAUCCGCCAGCUGAGCGCCGAAGGUUUAGUCGUUACGGAGGCACAAAACGUCUUGAUCAAAGAUAACCGUAUAGAGUACGUCAACGAUGGCGCCUUUUACGGCAUUAGGCCGGGCAAAAACUUGUUGUUGAAGCUCGAGGGCAACACCUUCACGCACAUCACCAGAGACUCCUUGCAGCUGCCCGAAGGCACCGUCUAUUUAGACCGGUUACAACUGAACAAGUCCUGCGACUGCUACGAAAUCGACCACAACUUAGACAAACAGUAUUACGCCUCCAUACAUUGCUUGCAGGACGGGCAAUACAUGACGGUGCAGGAGUUCAAGACUGGCUAUUGCUCAGUUUUGUCCAGCAACACGAAUCUGAUCGUGAUAUUGAGCGUGGUUGGCGUGUUGGCCAUUUUAGCGGUGACUGUUUUGGUGUUUUUCCUCAGAAGACACUUCCGAAGUGACAAGUACGGUAGCCAUAAGCAAUCCAAAAAGGGACAGUUGAGUUUAAUUGUGCCGGACGGCCGGACUUACAGGGAAACUGAGCUUCAUGUCAUCGUGGAGAAAACGGACCUCUUAACAACUGAUUUGUAAGACAAAUCAAAAUAGACAAUCGACUGUGAUAUAAAUCAAACGUUAAACGAACUAGUUAUUAAUGUGUGUUCUUAUUUAAAAGACUUUUAAGAAGUAUUUAAAGAAUUGUGAUUUAAUGACAUUAAUUUAUUUAAACGCUUAUUUUGUAAAUAGUAUUUGUAGGAUAGUUUUUUCAAUUAAUAAAAAAUCUACAGCUUA